CCCAGGCUGCCUUCCCGCUUGGCCUGUGCACCAGCCUGCCUCUCCCGCUGGCUGCAGCCUCCCACCCCGGGCUGGUAUCCGUGCUCUCAGUGCUGCAGCCUGCCUGUGUCUCCAUCAGCACAGGGCUGGCGAGGGGCCGGCUGGACACCAGGGCCCGCCCUCCCAUCACUGGAAGGCCACUGCUCCUUCCUCAUUUUGCUGCUGAUUCUAGCCCCAAACAAAACAGGUUGAGCCCUUUUCCUCCCUCCGGCAGCUCCUCUUUGGCUUGCAGCCGCCUUCUGAGGCGCUGCAGACGGCGCCGGCCGGGGAGGGGGGGCCUGGGCCAGCACUGUCAGGCUUGGGACGGUGCGCCUGGCUCCUGGCCCUUGUUCAGCCCUGCCUGUGGCAGUAGAGCAAGCUUUGCCAUCGCAUUCGCCUGAGGAUGCUGCCCCAGCUUCAGUUCAGAGAUGCCUUUUGGUGCAGGGACUUCACGGCCCACACAGGCUAUGAGGUGCUGCUGCAGAGGCUGCUGGACGGCAGGAAGAUGUGCAAGGACGUGGAGGAGCUGCUGAGGCAGAGGGCCCAAGCAGAGGAGCGCUAUGGCAAGGAGCUGGUGCAGAUCGCCCGGAAGGCAGGUGGCCAGACAGAGAUCAACUCCCUGAGGGCCUCCUUUGACUCCCUGAAGCAGCAAAUGGAGAAUGUGGGCAGCUCCCACAUCCAGCUGGCCCUGGCCUUGCGCGAGGAGCUGCGGAGCCUCGAGGAGUUCCGGGAAAGACAGAAGGAGCAGAGGAAGAAGUACGAGGCCGUCAUGGACCGUGUCCAGAAGACCAAGCUAUCUCUCUACAAGAAGGCCAUGGAUUCCAAGAAGUCAUAUGAGCAGAAGUGCCGUGAUGCCGAUGAUGCUGAGCAGGCCUUCGAGCGCAUUAGCACCAAUGGCCCCCAGAAGCAGGUGGAGAAGAGCCAGAACAAGGCCAAGCAGUGCAAGGACUCAGCCAUGGAGGCAGAGCGAGUGUACAGGCAGAACAUUGAACAGCUGGAGAAGGUGCGGGGCGAGUGGGAGCAGGAACACCGGACCACUUGUGAGGCCUUUCAGCUGCAAGAGUUUGACCGACUGACCAUCCUUCGCAACGCCAUGUGGGUGCACUGCAACCAGCUCUCCUUGCAGUGUGUCAAGGACGAUGAGCUCUACGAGGAGGUGCGGGUGACACUAGAAGGCUGCAGCGUGGAAGCCGACAUGGACGGCUUCAUCCGUGCCAAGAGCACAGGCACUGAGCCCCCAGCUCCGGUGCCCUACCAGAACUACUACAAUCGGGAGGUCACCCCGUCAUCUGGCAGCCCUGGCAUCCAGCCAUCCUGCGGCAUGAUAAAGAGAUUCUCUGGACUGCUACACGGGAGUCCCAAGACUACAUCGGUGGCAGCUUCUGCAGCCUCCACAGAGACCCUGACCCCAACCCCCGAACAGAAUGAGAUUGUCUACUCUACCAUCGUGGUGAAGGAGGCGCCGGGCCCCCCAACCCUGCCAGCCCAGGGCUACAGGGUGCUCUAUGACUACACGGCCCAGAAUUCCGAUGAGCUGAAUAUCUCUGCGGGAGACAUCCUGGAAGUCAUCCUGGAGGGGGAGGAUGGCUGGUGGACAGUGGAACGGAAUGGGCAGCGUGGCUUUGUCCCUGGUUCCUACCUGGAAAAGCUCUGAGGAAGGGGCAGCAGCCCCCACCUGGACCUGCCCUGCCCAUGAGGCCAGUGGUGCCCCCAAUCACUGCCCUGGCCUUGCUGGGGCCCCAAGAUGGAGCCUGCCUCCCAGGAUGGAUGCUGGCAGCUCCCUGAGCUGUCUCUCCCACAGGGAAUAAAGGAGUGAAUUUUUAUUCCUUGGUCUGCAGGGGUCCCUUUCACUCUUCUGCCCCCGUGUCCAAGUGCCCCAACCAAGAUGAGGCAAAGGAGUGAGGAGAGAAGUCUGGGGGGGUGGUGGACAAGAGCUCGCCCUCUUCCAGUGUCCUCACUGAGGCCCCGACCAGGUCUGUCCCGAGGUCUGCUGGGGAGGGAGAAGAGCCCUGGCCCCAGUCUGGGAACUCCCAGACUGUGAGGGAGACACACUCACACUCGGGCAAAUGGGAGAAGGCCACAGGGGUCGGGAGGAUGGGGUAGGGCAAUGAAAAGGGGCUCAGGAGUCCUGCGAUGGGGGCACCAGGCUUCCUGGGAGCAGAGGGACUGAAAAGGGGCCUCGGAAGGGCAGCAGCAGACAGGGCACAGAGAAGAGCAUCAGAGUGGGGUAAAUGUGUGAGCACAGGAAGGAGGUGGGAACACCUAGAACAUUCUGGGGAUGAGCCAAGCUCAGUCUGGGGAGGAAAUAGGCGAUGAGUCCACUGGAGGUGAAGGGGCCAUGGUGCAGAGCCCAGGAGGACAGGCUUUGCACCUUGUGGGUGCAAGUGAUCCUGUCUCCCAGACCCAGCUGAGGCAUAGGGAAGCCACUUUGGCCUGUGCCACUUCCUGUCAAACAUGGCAAAUCCCACCCAGGCAGGGGCUCCAGAACCCAUGCAGGCUGGCCCUGGGCCCUGAGGUGGCCACACACAUCUUCUGUUCUCGAUGCUCUCAGGCCUUUCUCUUUUUGGACCCAGGCCCCCAGAAACACAACUUCCCCUGAUGGCCAAGGCCUGCCAAAGCCCUGCUCUGGCCACAGAAGGUUCCAUCCUUGCCAAAGGCAUUGGGAGUGGGUGUCGGAGAGAGAGCCAGUGCAAACUGGUGGCUCCUCAGUCCUGGGCCUCCCCCUCGCUCACCUGUGGGAGCCCAACACUGUCAGCACAAGGGGCCAGACUGCAGGGGUGGAAGGGGGACAUGCCAUUCUCCUCCGCUGCGCACACCCUGAGAGAUGCUGCUGGAGAAGGCUACUCUUCCGUGAAGACCACCUUUCUCUCGGACUGGCAUAUCCUACAAGAGAACUGACCGAACACCCUGACACAUCUGAUGUUUACGAACAGGGAUGUUCGGAAAGAAAAAUGAAAUCUUGGGCUUGGUCUUAUACUCCCUGAAGGAGAGAGAAGUCAGUGAAUAAAGGUCUAUGAAAAUUCUUGCCUGGGACAGCCAAGUACCAGACCUGACUGACCCUGUAUUUGAGAAUGGGGGGCAGAAGGGUGUGAGACAAAGGGGUGCCUUCAAAGAGCUCACUCAUUCCAGAGGGGGGACACAGACGCCAUAAUCCCUCUGACACAAGGCAGACAGCAAGCAGGGUGAGAUGUGACCGGGCGGCCAGGCCCAGGCUGCCCAACACAGAGGUGAUGGCAGCUUGUCUGGGAAGUAGCAAUGGGGCUGGAGAGCAAUUCCGGAAGGAUGAGGGAAGUAGAUCAACAGGACUUGGUAACCUACAGGCUGUGAGACAGGAGCGGGAAGGGUGGAAAAGAAGGAGGUGAGGAGCGACUUCUGAGCUGAGCCAGGCCUUGCGGACGGGCAGGUCCUCCUCAGGCCGAGCAGGAGGCAGAGAAGGGGCUAGCAGCAGGGACAAAGCGUGAGCAAGGGCCCAGAAGAGGGAGGGCAGCCAAGGAGACUGACCACCAGGGUCAGGUCAUGUGUGGCAGCCAAGAGGGAAGAAAAAGAAUAAGUUAGGUAUCAGUGCUUUAUUUAUUCCCUGAAAAUACCCUGUCAUCUUGAUCGAGCAUUCC